AUGAUUACUGAAACCCGACAGAGUCGUACACGUCUCCUUCAAUAUGAAUACCAUCAUCGUCAUCAUCGUCGUCGUCAUCAUACAUUGGAUUCUAACAGUAACACUUUGGAUAAAUUCAAUUUUAUUUGUGUACCAUUACAUCCUCACGAGUCACGUAUUGAUUCAUCAUCAUCUCAAAAAAAUUUAACGAUGACACAACAAACACACCGUUCACCUUCAAUUUCUUCUACUUUACCAUUAUCAACAUCAAUAUCUCCAGCAACACGUCGUGUUCGUUUUAAAUUUGAAGAUAAUGAUUUAAAUCAAAAUAAAAUCUUUUUUAAUAAUAAUCGACAAACACUUUCAUCCGAAGAUGUUCGUUUAUCACAGAAAAAUCCUAUUCAUCGUGUUGAAUUUCAAAUUCCUCUUCAUAAAGAUAUUAAUCCAUGGUUAAACGUUGAUUGUUCAACACCGGCUAAAACACGUUCAAUAUCAUCAAAAAAAAUUGAUAUCAAACAUAAUAAUAACUCAAUGCGUUUACAAAAUAUAACACCAUUUAUUGAACCGGAAGUUCAUUCUCAUACACCAACAACGAACGAUGUUGGUAAAAAUCAAUCACAAUGGUAUAGACAAAUGUAUGGUAAUCUUCAUAAAUCACCGGAAAUUAAACAAGAUCAUCAACAAAAUCCUUAUAAACCUACAUAUACAUUUCCUGAUAAUUUUAACGGUGAUUCUGAUCACAUGGAAGAUUAUAUACGUAAAACCGCAAUACAAACAAUUGAUAAAGAUAAUCAAAAAACAUCAUUUUCUCCUACACAAACAUUAACUUCAAGUUUAAAAGAUCAUCGAACAACACCAAAACGAAAUAAUGGACAUAUAGAAAAAGUUACACGUUUUGAUGAUUAUUGUACACAAUCUGAUGGUUCAUCUCCAACUGAACGACGUAAAUUAAAUAAUGAUACAUCAUCAUCAUCAUGUGUUCCUUCUUCUUCUUCGAUCAAUAAUAAUUUACAAUCGAAUUCAAAUCAUAUGUCUACAUCAGAUAAUGAGCAAAAAUCAAUUUAUAAACGAAUAUUAUGUUGUAAUGAUGUUACAUCAAAUGAUCUACAAAAGUUUUCAAAUAAUGAUCGAGUUAGUUAG